AAGUCAAUGAUCCAAUAUCUAAGUCAUCUGGAAGCCCAGGCCAGCCGCCUUCAGACUGAAAUAAAAGUCUAGAGCCAUUGAAAUAUAAGUUUCAACGCUACUAUAGUGUAUAUAAUCCACCCUCGAACAAGACAUAAUCACAAAUUGAUAUUUACUCAACAUAAAAAAGCAUACUAGUAUACUACAGAACUACAUUGAAGAAAGAUGGCUGGGUCAAUUAGCUGUGAAUUAGUGAUAAGUGCACCAGCAAGCUCGGUGUGGGAUCUGGUCAAAGGCCUUAAGUUACCUGCUGCUCUUGGAGAAUCCUUUUCUGAUCUUAUCGAGAAAAUCGACGUCGUCGGUGAUGGCUCCGUUGGUACAGAACUCUAUGUCAAGUUCAAACCAGGCACAGCUCCAUAUUCUUACCUCAGAGAGAGGUUUACCAAGGUCGACAACGAGAGCAUGGUGAAAGAGUACGAGAUUUUUGAAGGCGGUCAUCGUGAUUUGGGAUUCAGCAAAUACUUAAUUCGAUUCGAGAUUGUAGAGAAGGAUGAGAAUAGCUGCAUUGCAAAAGCUACAACUGAGUAUGAACUUAAUGCAGAUGCUGAUCCUAAACUUGCUUCCUUAGUUUCAGUUGAUCAGAUGAUGGGUAUUCUCAACGUUGCUGCUAACAAAGUCGUAAACGAAUCCAAGUAACUAAUUAGCCUCUGAUAGAGUUUCUGCCCUUGAGUUUUAUAAUUCUUUAAGACUGUAUUGUAAUUUGGGAGUUGCUCUGGUUUAUGGUUUAUUUUUGUUGAUGUUCUGUAUUCAUGAAUACCAGAGACAAUAAAGGUGGACUUCACUUUCUGAUUUCCCGAA